AUGCCCAAAAAACACAAGACUAAAUGUGCAAAAAUAACUGGUAGAAUUCCAGAUAUAAUAGUGGUCGAACCAUCAGAGUGUGAUAGGUUGGCAUCUAAAAAGUUCGAAGAUUUGGUUGAAGGAUGCUGGCUUUUCUCUAGACCUCCUCCUGUUUUAUAUGAAAGAGAACCUGCGGUAACCGCUAGGAGAGCAGAAGUGGCCCGCUACUUGAUCUCAGGAGAUGGUGAAGAACCUGUAUACGUCCGCCAGAAGUUAAGUACCUGCCCCAAUGAAACUGAACCUAAGUCAGUGGUUCCCAAAUUCCACGAGCGUCUUCAAUCAUCACCGCAUAUAAUUAGUCCGCAGGAACACCGCCGACUAAUACAUAGGAAAUCAAUGUCGUAA